AUGGGAGCGCUUGGGUACAUACCCCACGCCCUCAAGGACAGCCUUGCCUACUUCAGAAUCAAGAACAAGGCAGCACUCAUACGCAAAAUCACGCUACGCAUAGCACAAGGCGCGCACGCCAUUUGGAUAAAGCGCUGCCAAGAGCUUAUCAAAAAUGCCGCGCAAGCCCCCCCACCCUACUCCCGCCCCACAUCACCCCAUCCCCCGCCCGACAUCACCGCAACCAACACGUCUACCUCAAACCUCCCACAGUACCCCGGCCUCCGAAUGCACUACCCACCCUACCCCUCACCCCUGUUCACGGCCACGUAG